UGGAGUUUUCUGUACCCCUGGUACUGGGCCGAAUACGAACCUAGUUCUCGGGCUGCAGCACCAGAUCCGGACGCAGUGCUCGCGUAUCCGUCACUCGAGCUCAGUGUGUGUGUGCCAGCACUCGCUUCUUUGACCACCCGGUUCACUCAAAUCUGAUAACCUCCAAUCAUGUCGGACAGUGAAGAAUACAGCUCCGAAGAAGAGGAGGAGGAGCCUCCCAAGCCAGUCGCCAAAGCCGCUGAGGUUAAAAAGGAUGAUGGUAAAAAAUCAGCCGCCGAUGCUGCUAAGGUCAAGCAACAAGAGCAAGACCGUAAAAAGGCUGAGGUGCGCAAGCGUCUCGAAGAGGCUGCGGCCGCCAAGAAAGCCAAGAAAGGUUUCAUGACCCCCGAGAGAAAGAAGAAACUUCGACUUUUGCUGCGUAAGAAAGCCGCUGAGGAAUUGAAGAAAGAACAAGAGCGUAAAGCUGCCGAACGACGACGCAUCAUUGAAGAGCGCUGCGGCCAGCCCAAAAAUCUAGACGACGCCAAUGAGGCCGAACUGCAGACGGUCUGCAAGAUAUUUCACAAGAGAAUAUCGGGACUCGAAGCCGAUAAAUACGAUUUAGAAUGGAAAAAUAAGAUGAAAUAUUUGGAGAUCAACGAGAUCAACAUCCUCGUUAAUGACCUCCGAGGCAAAUUUAUCAAACCAUCUCUGCGCAAAGUCUCCAAAUACGAGAACAAAUUCGCCAAACUGCAAAAGAAGGCCGCCGAAUUCAACUUCCGUAACCAGCUUAAGCAAGUGAAAAAGAAGGAAUUCACAAUGGAGGACGAAGAUAAGGAGAAAAAACCGGAUUGGUCAAAGAAAGGAGGAGAAGGCGAGAAGAAGGAAGGGGAAGAGGGAGAAGGCGAAGCUCCGGCCGAAGGAGAAGCUCCAGCCACUGCCGAAGGUGCCCCCGCUCCCACCGAAGGAGCUCCACCGGCUGAAGGCGCUCCCGCUGAAGGAACCCCAGCCGACGCCGCCCCUGCUGAAGGUGCAACAGGCGAACCCGCUCCUCCCGCUGAAGGCGCACCACCUGCCGAUGGGGCACCACCUGCUGAAGGCGCUCCACCUGCCGAAGGCGCUCCUCCCGCCGAAGGCGCUCCUCCCGCUGAAGGCGCACCACCUGCUGAAGGCGCUCCUCCCGCUGACGGCGCUCCUCCUGCUGACGGCGCACCACCUGCCGAAGGCGCUCCUCCCGCUGAAGGUGCUCCUCCCGCUGAAGGCGCUCCUCCCGCCGAAGGUGCUCCUCCCGCUGAAGGUGCUCCACCAGCUGAAGGUGCUCCACCUGCCGAUGCUCCCGCCCCGACCGAGGGAAGUCCAGCGGCCGCACCUGCUGACGGUUCUGCCGCUCCAGCAGAGGGUCAAGCCGCUCCGUCUACAGAAGGCGCACCGGCAGCUGCACCCGCAGCCGAAGCCGCUCCCGCACCCGCUGAAGCUGCUGCGCCACCCGCAGAGGAAGCGCCUGCUAGUUAAACAACUGCAAAAACAUCAAAACCUUCUUUUUUUUGUGUCCUCGAUUUGGGGUCUUUCACUCCUUAAUACCAACGAACUAGUCAGCUGAAAAUAUGUAUUGGGAAAAAAAAAUAAUAAUAAUUUUGGGGUGGCAGCGAGUGACUUGGAGGUCGACGAUUGGGUAGGGUUUUUGUUUUUUUCCACCCUUUGUCAACAUAUUAUUUUUAACACUGUUUGGUUACAUAAGAUACGGAAGGGAUGAGGGAAUUAAUAAAUUGGGAUUUUCAAUUGUUCAGACCUAUCUUUUACGCGAUAUCUCUCUUCUGUGUAAUCUUUUGGCUUCAAUCUCUGGACUGAAGAUUUGUUAAAAGAACUGAUGAAACGUGCUUCUAAAAGACAACCAACAAAGCUUACCCGCUAUCACAAUACACACAGUUCAUGAAGGA